CUGAUUGUGACGCCGUUCUGAACUGUUCCUCCCCUAGUUUCUUUCGAAGACAUCUAAGGUACGUUCCCACUCUGUCCCGCCCCCCUAAGUUAAGAAUUACGCCCCUAUCGAAUACUUCCGCUCACGCUCACACAUAUUAACAGGACUAACAUCAGCAGCCUCGUAUCCCAUCUCAUCUCCUAUCUAAACCACCUCCAUCAUCCACCAUACUAUGGGAGCAAGCUAUUCGUACCCCCCACCCCCGCUCGUCGAAGUCACAGGCCCGCGCUCCAAAAUCUUCGUUCCGGCCGGGAGCAGUUUUUCCUUCCAUCCACCAGCCGAUAUUCGCAUUCCUCCGUUUCCACCCCUGCCAUUACAUAAACAUCUGUAUCAAUAUAAUCAUCGAGGAGGCCGGAAUAGAUAUAGUGGUGGAACAGGAGGACCUGGUGGUGGUAGAGAGAGAGGUAGAAGAGGAGGUAGAGCGCGCUAUAAUCCCUCCGAAUAUUCAGACGCGGUAUCGAGUUUAA